AUAGAAAGAAGAGAACCAGCCAUCUUCCCAUUCGGACGACCCCUUGGCACCGAGGCCUCUGUUUGAAGUUUCUCGGACAGAUUACACCAUCCGUUGGUUUGGUCAUAAGCAGACUGCAUUAGAAACCUAGCCGCGACUUAAAAAAAGUCCCAACUUCUUGCCCUAACACCUAAACUGUAGAAUACACGAAACAAUGCUAUCAAAUAUCGCAAAAAAUGGUAUUCGACGUGUCGUCAAUGGUGCAGCUACGCGAGGCGCGAGUGGAAGAUGAUAAUUGGACUGGACUAACUAGUCCAGCCGAAAGGAGGAAGAGACAGAAUCGGUUACAUCAAAGAGCCUGGCGUCGGAAGAAAGCUGCUGAGCGAGCAGUUGGUGGUCAACACCAAUCUAGUAAGACGAUCGAGCACAAGUCCCAUAAACAAGAUAUUCAUGGGCGAAUGAAACCGUCUAGGUCAGAUCUGGCACAAGAGAUCAUGAAUCUCUUAACUGUCAACCCGCGCGUGCCAUCCCACAUAUAUACUCGGCUCAAGCCUUUCACAUACUGGGAGGAAUUUCAUGGACAGCUGAAUGCGCUCAAUACGGUGUAUGGAAUACCAGAUCGUCCAUGUUACAAUCUCAACCAACGGCAAGACCUCGUACAUGCACAUGGCGCAAGGGAUAAACAGCCUACCCCUAAACGGCAAGCUAUCCCACCCAUGAUCCCAUAUCUCGAUAUCCAUGACCCAGCUGGCACUACCAUCCCUAAUUUCUCCUUUCCUAUCUCGGCAGACCAUCGACUGCUUGUCCUGAUCCAGUAUAACGUUCUCCGCGCGUUCAUCACUAACAUGUCUAUCCUGUCGGUUCUCGACCGGAUGCCCCUCGAAUGCGGCGCAGCUCUCAAUAUUAAAGACCUGCCUCCCGCUCCCGAGACAAUACCUCCUAACCUAGACUCGACUCCCGUCCAGCAGCGUAUAGCGCAUGAUUUCUGGAUAGAUAUCAUUCCGUGGAGCGGCAUGCGAGACAAUCUGAUAUUAAACCACGGUAGUUACGACGAAGAAGAUCUCUGCGUAGAUAUAGCCGGUGGAUUGUACGAAGGGUUCGACGAGGUAGAAGCUAGAGGACUAAUAGUGUGGGGGAAGCCGUGGUCAGAGACGGGCUGGGAAGUUACCGAGGGGUUUUUAAAGAAGUGGUCGUUUCUGCUGAAGGGGUGUCAUACUUUGAUCGAGUCAACUAAUAGAUGGAGAGAAUUUAGAGGGGAAGAGAAACUGACUAUUGACGUAUAAGAGGCAGGCAGUUGUUUUCUUUUAGAUUAUUAUUGCAAAAUU